GGAAGAGUAGCUGCUGCCUUGGCAGCAGCUAAUGGGGAUCCAUGAUACAUACAAAUACAAAUACACUUAAACUGUAUAGCUGAAGCUGAAAGAAGUAGCAGAUGGGGGGAUGUGGAUGUUCUGAUUUGAUCAGCAUGACCUCAGACCGACCACUCAACCUAUUUUAGGCAUUGUACUAUACUUUAAUACAAUUCUAUAUGACGUGACAUAGUAGAAGAUUAUAAUGCUAUGAUGUUAAUCAGUAAUGUGCUCCCAUAAAGCCAGCCGGUGACUAACGUCAUAUAGUUGGAUCAGCUAUAUAGGUAUAGAAACUAGGUUCUUCUAGAGUUACAUUAUGAAAGGUUCAGAGAGAGUUCAAAAUGUUUGAAAGAGAAAGACAGAGAAAAGGGAGGAGUUGCCUGUUUUUACUGUUCUAUGUAUAUUUUGGGUAUCAUAUCUCUCUCAAAUUAUAUACGCACGUGUCACACAUCUGAGACCCCUGUGCUGAGUUAAUGAAUUCAAACAUGAGUGAUAAUCAGUAACACAGCAUUAGGACUUAGUCUUGGUGACUUGCAACUGACACCCGGUCAACUGGGUCAUACUCAGAGUUCUAUAGAUAUAUUUUGGCCUCCUCUAGAGCUGGACACCAUGUUGCUACCUCAUAUAAAAUUGCAUGAAUCCAUUCAUGAUGUGUGUGUGUUUCUGUGUGCCUGUCUGUCUGCCAGCUUGCCUGCCUGUCAGAACCUCUGGACUGAACCAUGAGUUCUUGCGUGACCCUGUCGUCAGGGCAUAAGAUUCCCUUGGUGGGGCUGGGCACCUGGAAGAGCGCCCCCGGACAGGUGAAGCAAGCGGUGCUGACAGCUCUAGACUGUGGCUACAGACACAUUGAUUGUGCUGCUGCAUACAGUAAUGAGCAGGAGGUCGGAGAGGCACUGGCUCUGAUGCUGGGACCAGGAAAGGCCCUGCAUCGUGAGGAUGUGUUUCUGACCUCUAAGCUGUGGAACACCCAGCAUCACCCUGACGAUGUAGAGACAGCCUGUAGGAAGAGUCUAAUACACCUGGGACUGGACUACCUGGACCUCUACCUCAUGCACUGGCCCAUGGCCUUCCAGCGUGGGACAGAGCUGAUGCCCAAGCGGGCCGAUGGGAGUGUGUGUUACGAUGACAUACACUACCGGGAAACCUGGGUUGCCAUGGAGAGCCUGGUUGAUAAGGGGCUGGUCCGAGCCAUCGGUCUGUCCAACUUCAACGCCAGACAGACAGACGAUGUCAUCAGCAUCGCCAAACACAAGCCUGUAGUCAACCAAGUGGAGUGUCACCCAUACCUGUCCCAGGCCGAGCUGCUGAGUCACUGCAGGUCGGUAGGUGUGUGUGUGAUGGCCUACAGCCCUUUGGGUAGUGGUGACCGGCCCUGGGCCUCGCCUGAUGAACCCUGCCUGCUGCAGGACCCUGGACUGGGGGCUAUCGCCCUCCGCCACAGCAUGACCCCUGCUCAGGUCAUACUCAGGUGGCAGGUACAGAGAGGGGUAGUCUGCAUCCCCAAAAGUGUCACCCCCUCCAGGAUCCAGCAGAACCUACAGGUGUUUGACUUCUCUCUGUCGGAUGAAGACAUGAAGCAGAUCGAGUCAUUCAACAGAAACAAGAGGUACAUCGUCCCAGCUGUGGAGAGGGACGGAAAGAGAGUUUGGAGGGACGCAGAGCACCCCCAUUUCCCCUUCAACGAUCCGUACUGACCCCACAUCUAGAGACAGAUCAACUGACCCCACAUCUAGACACAGAUCAACUGACCCCACAUCUAGACACAGAUCUACUUGUUUAAUUUCUACACAACUCCUGACUGGAGUUACUAGGCCUAGUCACUAGAGAUUUGAAUAUUUGAUUACAGAAGAAUCAUCUGUACUGCAGUUCAUGUUCCCUUAGUAAGAGUUGAAGUACAUACACCAUUCUAAAUUAUCCAGAAUUCAAUAUUAGCAUGAAAAUGUAUUUGCUACUAAUCCUUGAUUUUGUUCCACUCCAACUGAUCUUGUGUUCCGAUGUAUGGAUAUCUAAUAUGUGAGCUCAUUGGACAAAUAAAGAAAGCAUUAUAAUAUCA